UCCGCACAUGUGCACGCAACUUGAUGAUAUCGCGUUGUAGCGUAUCAAUAGGCGCGUUUUAUAAGAUACUUGUGUUUUAUAUAAACAGUGUCAAGGGUCCUGUGCUUGGAGGAAUUGAUUUCAAAUAUGGUCAUUGGAAUCUUGUAACGCAAUUCUUGUAACGUAUUUUCAAUCGUGCGGGACAUUCUGUGUGACGUUAGUGUGCAGUAAAAUUAACACGUUUUAGGGAGCUCGUAACGAAACCAGAGCAACGCGAAACGCAGCAUGAAACAUCUGAUCGUUAAAUGCGAAUGGUAAGCUAUACUGAUUUAUUCAUUCCACGUUGUGACAUACGCAAUGCAUCGUUAGCAAAGUUUAAUGGUCUUGUCGGUAAAUACCGGAGCCGAUUUGCAGCGUAAGAGGUUAGAUAAAAUAUUACUCGAAAACUAUUUCUUCGCUUAUGACGAAUACUAACCAAGAAAACGUAAUAAAACUACGUUUAAUGAUGAUUUUCGGUGUUUCGUGGUUGCAAAGCUGUAUAAUAGAAAAAUCACGAAAUCGGGCUGGAAAUCUUAUCGAUCAAACGUCUGGUGUAUAGAUGUGCGUUCUUGGAAGAAAUGUGUGGUGUCACGUUACAUGCGCGCCCUGUUAAAUCACCAAAGACUGUACGAUAUUAAGUCGUGCUUGGACGUGUUUACCAAAAUAAUACUUAUUACGAGAAAACAUGAAGUGUCACAACAACUUCGGUCGAGGAAGGGGCUUUGGGCCACGGGGUACACGUGCCACAGCCUCAUUUAGUAGGCCUCGGUUCCCACGUCCACCCUUUCGACACAUCGGUCCACCGAGGCCAGGACAUCCAGCAUCAUUUGGCAACCCAAUGCCCUGGCAACCAAACAUGAUGUUUCAACCGCAAGGGUUACACAAUAAUCCGCAAUUUAGACCAGCCGGCAGAAGAAGAAGGAUCUGCAGCUAUGACGUUCGAUUUCCUCCCCCCAAUAGACUGCCUGUACCUCCAGGUUGUGAAGAAAAUGUUCUGUUGCCAUCAAACAACCCGCAAUUAGAGGAUAAUCAAACUUGUACUACUGCACCACAAGUUCUUUUGCCUGGGUCCGAAGAGGAACGACAGCAGAAGAUAGCUAAAACGGCGGAUCGAUUGAAGCAGAAACUAUCUUGUUUUAACACUGGUGAAAUGACGAAUAUUUGGAGCGAUGACGUUUCACUGCCACCUGCUGCAGAGGAUGACUGUGCAGAAAAUAAAACUCUUGGAUGUGAACAAUCUGAACUCAAUUUAACACACAAUGAUCUCAAAGACAUUGGAAGAAUAAAUGUUGACAAUUUGAAAUAUGAUGACGCGCAAGAUUUAACAGAUACACCUGAUACAGACAAUAUAAGUAUCAACGAGCAAGUAUCCAGUGAAAAUAGAUCUGACUUAGAAGUGGUAUCUAAUCAAAUGACGAAUGUGGAAUGCUUGGAAGAUCAAGAAAAUCUACCGUGUGAUAAUAACUGUACAGAAACGGAACAGUGGAAUCCUAGCGAAUCGAUUGAAGACUCUCAUAAUUUAGAGCAAACAGAUUUACAAGAUACAAAUGCCGAAAAUCAAUUAUCGGAAGCAGACCAAUGUCAGUAUAAUGUACCUUCAGUUGAUGUUUUACAAGAUCGAUGCGACAAGCAGGACAUCUCUCAGGAAACCGAGGUGAAUCCGACUUCGCAAGAACAAGAUGUGCCCGAAACGCCGAAUCUACGAAAUACGCAACUUUCAGAUCAAGAUAAUUUGCAGAACAAUAUGUUAAAACAAAAGGAAACAAAACCCGUCGCGAAUUUAGAAGUUCAAGAAAAUGUUUUAAACUCCCAUUCUUAUACAAACAAUUUGAGUAGUAAUAGUAACAAAUUAUCACAGCCUGCUCCAUCUAAUGUGCCAGUAUUAAAUAAUGUUGCAUUAGACAAUCGGUUGCCAAGAAUAACGGAAAGUUCCUUUCAUAGUGGACCACCGAGAUUGUCUCCACAUAUCGAACAGAAAUUGCCCAUUGAUUUUGAUCCAAGCACUCCACCACCAAUACUUAUGAAGCAAGAUCAAUCAGUCAACGUUAGGCCACCGUUGUUGAUACGUGAUUUACCACCGUUAUUUAAUCCUACAGAACCGCCGCCAAAUAUGAGAGUCGGAUUACAAUUACCUCAUGAAAAUCCAACUCCAACAUGGAAUAUUAACACUCAGAAUCAAGUGCCUGCUGUCUAUAACACAGAAGUUCACAUGGAUUUAAAUGCCCAUGUGGGAUUUACGCCUCAACAGUUACCGUUAGAAAUGUCCAGCCAAAGUAACGUUUUUCUGGCACCUCCUAUCGAUCCAAUAAAUUUUUCACCAUUAUUCUCUUUGCCACCAAGCAAUCAUCCUAUUAUUAAUACGAAUGUUCCAUUAUUGCCUCAAGCGCAGAUAGUGCCUCAUAAUGCUUGCGUACCUCAAUCGUCGUCACAAGAACCACUCUUGCCAGUCUCUGAUUGUAAUGUGAAUAAAGAUGACGUAUUGAAUGACAUGCAGGAAGCUAUGAAAUUUGCGCAACAAAUGACAAGUAUAACAGAAAGCAUGGCAGAAAAUGUAACGGAAAAUAGAGCAGAAAAGAACGAUGAGAGAUCGAAGUCAAAUUCCACACCUCUUUCUGAAAACAAUACCUCAGUUGAUCCUGUUGACAAAGUAGAAUCUAUAUCCUUGCCUCCAGGAAAGCCAAAAGUCAAACCUGUUAAAUUAAAAAGAACAAAACGAGAUGAUACGCAUAGCAAGAAGUCAGAAGUACCUGAAGAACCAAGAACAUCAGAUAACGUACUGUCAGACGAAGUAGUACAAGACGAUGCAAAUAUAAGAUUUCAAGAUGCUCCGAUAGUAAGUGAACAAGAUCGUCCUAAAGUAGUAUUUAAUUUAAAUAAUAAAACAAUAAAAGUAAAUACUAAGACUGCAUGGAAAGAAGAUACUAGUAAGAGGAGACCACGUGAGAAAAGAAACGGUAUGACGCAACCAGCGAGAUCAGAAACAAUGCGUGCGACAGUAAAUAGGAAGAAUUUGGCAAGUACAUCAAGGCGAAGAGAAGAAAGAAAAAAGAAUUUCAAUAAAAGCGAAAGGAUAGACAGAAGAGCACCAUCUGAGACAACAGUGAUUCAAACUGCAUCACCUCACAGAAAAAUCCAAAAAGAUGAUCAUAAAGAAAAAUCUCAACAUCCUAACGUUUCAUCUUGUUCAAAACCCAGUGUGCAGAAAUUGAGAAGCUGUGUGGAGAAAAACGAGAGCUCCAACUCGGAGAUUUCGUGGAAGACCAACGUCAUCAAUCGAUUCCUGAAGAUGAGUAGAAAUGACAUUUACAAUAUGGUGAAUAAUACCAGCCUUCGGAAAUUUGAUGUUAUAAUGAAGCGUCUAGUCAAAGAGCAGAAGCCUACGUUAUCCUUGGAACUGAGACAGGCACAGGAUGAGAAAAUGAAGCUGUACGAUCAGCAGGAAUUUAUGAAGCAGUUGAACGCAAUGUUAGAUACCGCCACUGUGUCUAUUACGGAUUUACCGACAGACUUCAUUCAUCAUUUAAACGAAGUAUUGCAACUGGACGUACAACCGAACAAUCAGAUCGAACCUGCACCAACUUUGACUAGCCAAAGUAGCCACUCGGAAGAUACAAGUCAUAUGCUUGAUCCUGUAACGUAUAUUACAGAAUACGAAACAGCAGCGGCGAAUAUUGCUAGCGAAGAAGACGUAAGAAAUAGAAGCCAUGUAAUAAAAUCGACGUACGAUAAGGAUGUACAAAUACAGCAUAACAGAAUUAACGACCUUAACGUAAAAGAUGACACUUGUAGCACUGUCAUAUCUAAUAAGUCUAGCAUUAGUAGUGGUAAAUUAUCGGCUUUACAACAUGAUCUGGAUGAUAUAUUUUCAAAGGUAACGAAGAAAAAUCAUGCUCCUAUAGCAAUAAUGCGUACAGAUUGCACGGCAGAACAACGAAGCGCAAAGAAAUUUGAUGAAAGAAGCGUGAGUUCGAAGAGCAUACAGAGAGAAACACUCUUGGAGGACGACAAAGCACGCAGAACGGAGAAUUGCGCGCGCUGGAUUGAAAACUGCGACAAGUGGAAGAAAAAGGAACGAGAAGAAUAUACGUGUAGAAACCUUACCAAAGAAGAGUGGGAAGCAAAGUAUGGUACGAAGGCAAGUGCAAUAUCUUCUUUUCCUGCAAUAGCAUCUUCUUCUGCAGCAGCACCUUCUGCAAUAGCAUUUUCUUCUACGACAUCAUCUCCUGCACUAGCAUCUUCUUCUACAAGAAUGAUCACUGCUUGCAAUAAAAAUUUAUCAAACAAACCGCAAGAUGAGAAUUCCUAUCCGCGACGCCGUCAUUCAUCUGAAUCUUCGAAACAUUCAAGCACGAGACACAGAACUAUGGAAAGAGACAAGCAUAAACGGUCUAGGCGUCAUAGCGAUGAUAGAAAACACGGUGUAGAAUAUUCAGGGAAUAACAGCAAUAGUAGCGAUAGCAGCAGCAGCAGCAGCAGCAGCAGCAGUGAUAGCAGCGAUAGCAGCGAUACAGAGGCAAAUGUUACAAAAUUGUUGAGAGUAAUAAAAGAAAACGAGAAGGUUGCAAAGCAGAUGUCGUUGAAUGAGGCAAUAAGAGACGAGGUGAACGCCGAAAUAGAGCGGGAGCGGAAACAAAAGUCGAAAAAAUCAUCGAAGAAAAGUCGCAAAACCGCCAAGCGAAAAGCUAAACGGAAAAGUCACAAGAAAAAGAAGAAGCAGAGCAAGCAAAUGUCGACCUCUUCUGAUUCAGCCUCGGAUAAGGACAAUAACGAAGAAACACUCAGAUUGCUGACAGAAAAUGAGAUUAAAAAGGAAGUCUUAGAGGACCAGAUCCAGCAGGAAGUAAUUAUUAAAGAAGAAGUAGACAUCGGUCAAGAAGAGAACACUGGAGACACUGAAGUUGCAAACGUUUCCAGUCGCAUGGAGUCUCACGACAAUUUAACAUCUCCUCUAACACAAGAAGCUUUAGUUAUAGCUGCUGGCGCCGUACGAUCGUACAGUGAAGAUAAAUCGACAUCAUCUCCGACACAACCAAAGACCAAGGCACAGCUGAAACAAAUGCCAGCUGAUCUGAACGAUAACAAAGUUCCUUUGAAUAUAUUUACUUCGAUACCGGAGAGCCUGAUUAUGGGCGAUAUCUCAGAGAAUUUGAGGAAAACUCGCGAAGCAAUUGAGCAAUCCAGCUGUAAUCAGAAUACAACAGAAGCUUUAUCGACAGUUAAUAACCUGAGAAGCCAAGGUGAUGCAACCGAUGAUACCGUCCACGCACCACAUGACAGAUCUAACGAAAACACAAUAUCACAACUGAAUGCUACGGCGCACACUCUUACCGACUUGUCUACUGUUAACGUACAAAAUGAGGUGUCAGCGUCUCCUAACGUAUCAAGUAAAGCAUCGUUGGUAACAGAUGCUGCCUCACCUACUGAUAGUGUAACUCAAAAGCAAAGGCCCAGCAAGAAGAUCGACAUAAAAACGUAUUACGAGCGCGCAAUAAAACGUCGCAUGAAUGAGCAAGGAGGAGCGAAGAAAUCCGUGGACAGCUGUGUAGCAUCUAAGCAGGAUUCAUUGUUAACGCAGAACAGUACAGAGCCGAAAACCGUAAAUAAUACAUCUCCAUUACAUACAUCUGCAUCUGCAUGUAAUAAUUCUGUUCGAGAUUCACGAUUAGUUUCACCAGCAAGAUUAGCCACUAUUUCAACAAAUAGUGAAGACAGUAUUGCCCAGACAAUAGAGAAGAAUAUUCAGCAAGAAGAAAAAGGAUCUGAGCUCGCAGAAACGACAUUGAAACAUCUUAAAGAGGAUUCUAAUCGUAUUCAGACCAAUAAUGCUGUUAAAAACAUUGAUCAGCGUAAAUCAGAAAAGAAAGCUACACUUACUGCUAAGACGAGCGUCAAUGCGAACGUUACAACAAAAUCUAAAGCUACAUCAUCAAAACUUAAAAAAUAUUCGGAGAUAGAAGCAAAUAUAACAGAGCAAAAAUUGCAAACCAAAGUUUCGCUCGAUCCUAAAAAAUUUAAGAAUAUUCGAUCAGAAGGUGGCAAAGAGUUGAAACUGAAAAAGGAAAUGGGGAAGACAGUAAAAGCAAAAAAGAAAUCUGCGAUAACAUUGAAGCGUGAUUUUGGCAAAAAUUUGGCAUCGACAAGAGUACGUCGCUCUUUGCAAGAUACAGCGAAAACAGAGAAAACGGAAUUUAUUGAACAAAAAAAUACCGAAGAAACUGCAAAGAACGAUGCAUGUGAAGAAUUGCCACCUAAGACGACGCUAAAUGAUAUAACUGAAGCGGAAGCUGUCGAGAUUGAGAAUAAAAAGAAUGAGAAUGAAGAAGAAAUCUCUAAUAGUGUAUCCAAACUUAAUGUAUCGACGCCUUCUAAAACGGUUCCUGAAGCUGAAGCCUCAGGUACUGCCUCAGAUAAUAAGGAAAACACGGAGGAUUUCUUAAUGUCCAGCGAGAUUCGAUCGUCUAACGCGAUGAGAGAUACAGAGCUUUCGUUGAAUCCUGCGAAUCAAGUUGACAAAUUAGAUAAUAAAGAUUUAACGGAAAGCACGAAUGUUCCAGCUUCGAUCGCAAAAGGUGAUGUAAGCAGUACUCCUGAAUCGGAUAUAUCUCGAUCAGAUAACGUCGAUACUCAGGGUAAGAAUAUUCAGCUAUUGAUAAAUACGUACGCAGUAAACAAUAUUGAAAUUAAUGAUACUAAUGAAAACAAUACGGAAUCAGAUAUAUUAGCUAAUACGUACAAAUCUGCGAGUGCAGAAGAAGACGGUUCUGCGCUCGGGAAAAUUGUCGAAUCGUCGUCAGCGUCAAAUGAAAAUUCUGAAGAACAGCAAGAUACAGUGGAGGCUGUUACUUCUGCUGAUAGUAUAGGUAGUCCAUUCAAAGGCUUUCUUCAAGAGUCCAUAAUGGCUUUCGAGCAGUCUAAUCUGUUCAACCUCGAAUUAAACGCAAUCGAUGGCGGUAAGAAGAUCAAAUUACUCUUAGAUGGUUGUAAUGUAAAUUAUGUGACGCACGUGUCAUGCGUUAAUGAUCUAACGCAUGACACUUACAAGGACAUAGAAAAUGAAAGAGAACAUUAUGAAAUGCUAGAUUCUGUUACGGAUUACGCUAAUCAUAUGAGUGUUAAUGCUAAUCAGACUCUUAAUAUCACUUUCACUUCACCUUUAUUUACUCUAGAUAAGGAGCCUGCGGCCAACGACAAGUCCGAUGUGAUGCCAGACGAAAGUAGUGAAGGGUAUGUAGGAAAAUCUUCGGACGAGGCGGUCACGGCUGUAUUGCGCGACGAAGAUAACGAUGUCGGUAUUGAUAAAGACAGUGGAGCGGAAGAGCAGUUAGGAGAUGAAAAGAGUUACACUUUAAACACAGAAUUAGCAAUUAAAGAAUCGAUGUUUAUUAUUAACGAAGAAGAAAUUCACGACGAGACGAGGCCGAAGGAUCUUACGGAUAAGCUCACGACUACGACUGAUCCUAGUUUAUCCGAUGCGGUAGAUACAGCGAUUUCCGACGAUCCACUGAGGUUGCCGGAUGGCCAGAGCACGGAACAUCUCAAUAAUCAUGUGUAUUUAGAGACUACUUUGUCCGCGGAGAAGACUUCCUGCGAUAAGUUACCUGAUUUUGAAUCCGAUGAGCACCUGGUCAAUGACAUGUUUUAUCUGGACGAUCGUUUGCAAGGCACCGGCGAAUUCGAUAACAAGGAUGAUGCGCAUUCACACUUUUCCAUUCAUCAACAGAGCCCUCGGUAUGAUAUUACACCAACGGUCACUCCGGAAACGACAAUGAUCGCGCCUGACGCGGAUUUAUUACACGGCGAGAAGUCCGAACAAUGCGAAUUUAAUUUCAAACAUAUCUCAUCGGUGGAUAACGAUUGUAAUUUACUCGCGAGGGCACCAGCGAAAUAUUCGCCACUUCGAGCCGACUCACGAAGCACAUUGAACGUGCCAACUAAAGCUGCUUUAAAAGAAGCCGCAACGGAUGUGUUUGUGAAAUCUCCAAAUCAUACGCCAAUAGCGACUGAGGAAACAACACUCCGCACAUUGAACAAAUCACAGCAGAGUGAAAUAGAUUUAAAUUAUCAAACAUCGGCAUGGCGUUCGGACGUACAUCACAAUGAAGAAACACACGUGUCGAAAGCUCCUGACAACACAAUCACACAGGAUACUGUAAACACAAGUACGAUAUCGGCGCAACGUAAUAUAAACAAUGAGGAACAUUCACACGACGAAAUCAGUAUUGAGCAAAACAAGAACUUAACCUCUGUUGAUUUGGAGAAACGUCCUUAUAAUAUCCAACGAAAUCCAGUCGUGGAGUUACGAAAGAUGAAAGAAUUAGACAACAUGUUAAAGAAGAAGAUGCAGAAAACUUCGGAGAAACCUGAGGAUACUAAUUACAAGGAACAAAAGAAACGCAAGGACACAAUUUUGCAUAAGAUAAAAGGUAAACAAUUGAUCAAGUAUCGAUCCGGUAAGAGUGAAAAUUUGAUAAAGAAACUUAAAAACAUGAAACAAUCCGGAAGCUUUGGUAAGAAUACAAGGGAAGCUAUUUUAGCUAGAAUGCUAGAAAUCGAUGUCGAGAUGCAUAAACUAACAACGGAAAAACUGAAGUUGCACAAUAUGCUGCAGAGCAGGUCAACGAAAAAUUCGGCAAAUAGCAGGGCUAGACCGAAACCAAAGAGUGACGAUCCAGCUCCAAUUCAGCCCGUGAUACCAUCGAUAUUAAUGUCACAAUUAACGCAGGGCAGCGAAACGAACCGCGUCGAAGAGGACAAACAUGCGUCUUCGUCGAAACGAUCGUUAAUUAAGCAGAAAAAGAGAGUUCAAUCUUCCAGUUCGGAAGAAGAUGAAAUUGUUCCCCAUAUUCAGAGAUCGAAAACACCUGUGAUUCAAUGGAAGAAGAAACCACGAAUAGAAUUGACAACAAGACGAAAAGAAAACGAAGAGGAGAGGAAAGAAGAAGAUACUGAUGAGACAUCGAUGACAAAGCAGGCUUCAGUAGUACCUCCUGCGAGUAAAAAAACAGAUAGUUUAAUUGAUGCGUCUGAUACUGUUAUCGGGAAGGAUGAAGAUCUGGAGUCGAACGCUAUAAUAGCGCGAGACGACACACGAGAACAGGAAAUUGGUGCGAAGACUACUAAAAAGGCUGGUAGUGAUACCGAUAAAUCUGUGACACGUGAAAUUUGUUCAAAUAACAGUACAUUGGAAAAAAGUGUGAAAAAUUGUUCAGACUCUCGUCAAAAUUCCACCGAAAGAGAAACCGAGCGUGCAGAUGGUGGCGAUGUUAAUAAAAGAAGCAAUCUUCCAGCCCCAAGUGAAACAGCAAGAGCGAAUUCUCAGCCAAGGAGCACGCAAGUGCGCGGCACACCAGAACCUUUAUCGAUAUACUCUGACGAUAGCACGUGGGAUUCUCUGGUGCAGAAUACUGCCUCGGAGAUGCACGAAAAGAGGAAGUCAACGGGUCUCGCUCUGCUAGAUGAAGUGCUUAAGAAAGAGGCGAUAACGAAGAAGAUGAAAGCAAUUGCGCGUAAGAGACAGAAGAAACAAUUAAACAAUUUCUUGAAGAGUGUCGACAACCUGACGCUAGAGGAGGAAGAGUUACCCUUGUCCAAGUUGUACAUCAGAAAACUGCAACAAAAACGAGACCUGCUUGAUUCACUGAGUCAGAGGAAAGAAGAUAUGAACACUGUCGAUCCAAAGGUCUUGAAGAACGUAGACGAGGUGAUAAACGCCGUGGCAGAGAACAGAGUAGAGGAUCUCUACGAGCGCCAAUCGGUAACGCCAGCUUCUAAUGAUGUUCCAACAACGUCUAACGCUCCUGCAGCAUCACAGUCCGAUAAACAUCAAUUUUACGUCGAUGUCGAAGCGAACGCCAAUUCAGAUUGGGCUUGCAAAGAAAAAGAAAAUAUAGAUCAAGUCGUGUUGCAGCAAGACAGUAACGAGAUAUCUGGCGAUGUAUCAAAUCAUGUCUUCAAAGCCGUGAGUCAAAACAAAGUUUCGUUUUAUAGUGAACAUAAUGUCGAGCCUGAUAGCAGUAUUACUCCCACUUACGAAGGGACUUUAAUGGAGAAUCAUUCCUUGGAUUGCGAGCGAGUGAAUUCGAAGGACCUUAAUAUUACUGGCUCGCGCAAUUUCGAUAUUAAAGUAUCCGUGCCAAAAACGUUAAUAAAAGAUGACUUCAGCUUAAAGUUGUUGCAAAAAUUCAAAGGUACGGAAGUCAAUAUUGCCGCCACUGGAUUAGAUGAUUCUGCAACAAACACGUUCUCAACUAACAACACUGAGAAACCGAAGGAGAAUGAUAAAAAUUCACGAUGCGAUUUGGAAACUGUCAAGUCGGCGGAGAAAAAUGAGGAUCAGAUGGAAAACACAAUGACAUUAAUGGAGAAAGAUAAGAGUACAUCAGACACAAUUGACGAUAUGCGAAAUGAAUUACCGAAAGAACAGAAGACAACAAUGAUCGACAACGUAGAAAAUGCACAAUCAAUUACUGUGAAGCCCGAAUAUUCCAACAUAACUGGGAGCGAAGAUUCAGGUGAUAGCCUGGUUGGAUCUAACCAGUAUGAUAAGAUAACAGAUAUAGCGCAUGAUUCAAACAUCUCAAAUUCUAUCAUUGAAAAAGUAGGUACAAAGGAGGCAAGAUCGAAUGCAGAAUUGGAGCAGUCUUCGAAUGAGACGAGCGGCUCGAAACAAAAUUAUCAAAAUGAGGAAAACGUAUCCGUUACAGAGGAAGAAAGUAGUAAUAAAAGCAAAUCGCACACGUCCGAGGAGAUUUUGGAUAAUAGUACUGGCAACACUAUACUAGCCGAUCGAAUGAGCGAAAAGUCAGAAGAAUCUAACGAGACGUCUAUUGCUCAAAAGUCCGACUUGGAACGCGCAUCUGUUCCUACUCUUUCUUUUAAUAAAGUAAUGGAGAAAAGCGGAGAAGCAAGUAAAAAGUUACGUCGAAGAUCCGGCAAAUCGACGCCAGUUCGAAGAAGCACCAGGUACACCAACGAAAAUAUUAAACCUAACAAGAUAAACGAAACGGAUGUUAAUUCGAACAGCAGCGAACAGCAAUCGAACUCUUAUGAGAGAGACUUGACGAUCCAUCGCAACAAGUCUCCUACAGAGAUGCACGAUGAAAGAAAUCUAAACAAUGCUAAGAAGAAUCGCGUUAUUCAAAAAGAACAGAACACGAGUACUCGGAAAACGCUCGGUGACACUAAAUCUGAAACGAAAAUUGAAAAUCCAGUUAAACCUACUGCAAUCGCGGAGCCCGCAGCAUCGAAAGAUACGACUGCGAAAAAGAGGAAACACACGAUGUGGGAAAUGAUGAAUUGUAAAGUGAGAGUGAUCAAUUAUAGGCAGACUCUUCUUGAACCGGAUGUUUAUCCCAAAGCUUUAAGCAACCCUGGGAUAAUCGGCAUUAAUCCUUAUGCACCAAGUAACAUAUCAUACCUACAACAUGUCGCAUGUAAUAAAGAUAAAGUAAUGAUGCCUGUUUUGGAGAAAAGCUCCUCUCCUUCGCUGAACAAAGCUUGCGAUAAAGAUAAGACUGAAAUUGAAAUUCUAGAGGAGAAACCCAUCAAGAAAAGUAAUGAUGAUGAUCUCAUCCAAGAAUCCACUUCACACGCGACACACGCGGAUGAACAGGAAUCCGUAAGGACGCAGUAUACAGUUCACAAAGGUCCUAUCUUAGAUAUCAAGGUCUUUGGGAACUCUUUUUUAGCGGCAAGCGAAGACGGCAAGAUAUAUAGGUACAGUCAAGCAUCCAAUGGAAUAUUGAAUAUCUACAAAGGUCACAAAUCCGCAGUUACGUGCCUGCAUAUCUACAAGUCAGACGGCGUAGGCGUUAAGAAAGAACUUAUGUAUUCUGGUUCCUUGGAUGGUACUUUACGUUGUUACAACAUAUUGACUGGUGGAUUGGUGAAGAGCCCGGCGCAAGUAAAUAGCGCGAUUCAGUGCAUGGAUCAAGCGUGGGGCAUGAUUUUUGUCGGAACCAAAUCUGGGCAUGUUUCGCGUUUCUACAUCAAGGGUGGUACCAUCAAAGGAAGCAGUAUACAGUUUUCAGACAACUCUGUACUUGCGCUUAAGGCGACAAAUGAAGGCCCGCGAAAAAUCCUUAUUGUAGCGUCCCGAAGUCAACCAAUAACAAUACGAGAUGCAACGAGUGGUUUGUUUCUUCGUACGAUCAGCAGCCACAAAAAUCAUACAGUAUACAGUUUAAUGCGCCAUCAUAAUUUAAUUUACUGUGGUACAGGUAGCACGUACAUAAAUGUCUUUGAUUUUACGACGGGUGAACAAACAAUUCAAUAUGAGGCUGGUGUUGGCAUUGUAUGUAUGCGACUUUAUGAGCAAUUGUUAUUCGCAGGCUGUUACGACGGUAAUAUUUAUGUUUUUGAUACAAAUAAUCACAAGUUAGUAUGUAGUAUACGUGGCCCAGGAAAUAUGCUAUUAAGUUUGGAAGUUGUAAGUAACAAGAUUAUAGCAGGAACGAAAGACAAGCGUUUGCAUUCAUGGCAAAUGCCGAAUCAAGUGCGUGCCUUACUUAAAAAAAUAUCAUAGCACGCCUACAAGCAUAACUACAUCAAGACAUCAAGAUCGACAAGGCCGAUCGAUUAAGGAUUUAGAAUAAUCGAUGCCAGUAAAUCAAUGAGUAGAGCACCAAAACCUCUUAAUACAUUACACUGAGACAUUACACAUUACACUGUGAAGAUAUAAUGAUAUAAGAAAAAUGUAUCUGUAUCUACCUUUUUCACUAUAAAUAGCAUUUUGCUGUUACAGUAUUUCGCGAACUUUUUUGAUUGACACGUACAUGUUUUUAAAAUGACAAAGAAGAGUUUAAAUAGACAUUAUUUAUAAUAACAGUAAUAUUAUCAGCAUCUAAAACCUAUUUAUAGUGAAGAAGUGCCAACAUCGAAAUCGUUUGUUACCAAUUACAUUUAGAUUGACAAAGGAUUACAAUAUAUGUGAUAUGUAAAAUGUAUAUUUGUAAAAAUUGAAAUUGCGAUACGAUACAAGAUUAACUAUUAAAAUACAUGUGCAAAAGCAUUGAAAUUUUUACAAUUCCGUACUUAUACAAAAACAUUGUGACAUUUACUAUAUAUAGGUAUAUAUAGAUAUAUAACAUACAUAUAUACACAGACAUAUAUAUAUAUAUAUAUAUAUUAUAUGUAUAUAUAUGUAUGUCUGUAUGUAUAUAUAUAAAACCAAAUUUUGUGUCAACAUUUUCAUAAAUUGUUUAAAAUCGAGACUGGUAUCCAUAUAGUUGAGAAUAUACGUAUUUUUAAUGGUUUAUAUAAACACCUGUUAUACAAUAUCCUUGUUCGUUGUUGUGUUUUACAAAGAUCUGUUAUUACUCUGUUGCCCGUUUUUAGAAAGAAACCUUUUAGGAACCUUGUCAUGUUCGCAUUAAUGAUGUCAUGCUUUCUUCGAUAUUUAGUUUGUUGCAUAAUUUCAUUCAAUGGAAACAGGUACACUAAUUACUUUUAUUGCGAUAGAUAUCAGUACAUGUAAAUAAAAAAGAUAUAUCGUACC